GUUAUUCACUUAUCCUAUAAUACCGAACGUUUUCGCUCCUUGUCGUAAACAUCAUUUCUUUAAGCGUGGAUGACGUAAUGUCCACUUCAGUGAGGAUUGUAGUUUGUUAUUUUAGUCUUAAAAUAUUCAAACGAUGACAGAUUGAUGGCGGAUAUAUGGACUUAUGUAAUUACCUUGGAAUUCAAUAAUGUUGCCAUAAUCUUGUCAAAACGUCACCCUGUUUCGAAAAGCUGAAAGAUUAAGGGGGAAAAUUGUGGCUCAAAUGAGUUGUCAGAGGAAACUGAGACGGGUACUAUAAGUCAUACUAUGGAAAACAUUCACUUUUAAUAUGGGUAACGCAUCGUUAGAUAUUGUCUGUACAACCUCGUGGGGAAUUUUACAGGUCCUAUGAUAUUGUUCUUUGUUGGAAAGCAUGCAAACAUCCCAAAUCCAUGUGCAAUGCCUGAUUAUGUAUGCGCAUAAUUUAACUCCAUGUUUGUAGACAGAUAUGUUUCUGAGAUCAGGCCUGAAUGUCACUUAAUAUUUCCUUGGAGUUUGUUUUUAAUUAACUCGUUCUCAUCGAACGUCGUUCAAGUUAGUGCUAGUAGAACCGCCACCAACCAGAGGUUGGAAGUCGUGCAAGUGACCACAUCGAAAUUCACCUAAAUCUAAUUCAGUAGAAGAUAAUAUAAGUAAGUUGUAGUGCUUGGGAAUCUAAUUCACUCAAAUCUUUUCUCUGUUCUUAAUCGAAUUUCGAAUAUACGUUGACCUUCUUCACGUCAUGGCUGGCAACAUCGUCGAAGGUUUUCACGACUAUAGCUCAAAUCUUGGUCGGGAGCUCAAUAAACUUCGACAAGAGAAGCGACUUUGUGAUGUUACGUUGAUAGUCGAGGGAAAACAGUUUUUAGCGCAUCAGGUUGUGUUAGUCGCUAGUAGCAGAUACUUUUAUGGCGUGUUUACGAGCGAUAUGGUCGAGAAAAGAACACAAAGGGUAAAUUUGUCUGAACUUAACGCUUCCGCGAUGGAGCCAUUAUUGUCUUAUUUAUACACUGGAGAGGUAGCGAUAGACCAAUCAAACGCGGAAGAUCUAGUGAUUUCAGCGAAUUAUCUGCUUCUACCGAGAUUGAAAACACUGGCUUGUAAGUUCCUAGAGCAACACAUGAUCGCAUCGAACUCUAUCUAUUAUUACCAGUUAGCUGAACAAUUCGAUUGCAAGGAACUAAAAAAUCACGCAAGUCAGAUGAUUCGAGCGAACUUUGGUACGAUUGGUCAGUCAAAGGACUUUAUGAAAAUGAGCUUGGAGCAUGUCGAAGAGCUGUUAGCAGGAGAUGACAUCGUAAUUCGCGCGGAGGAAGAAAUAUUCGAAGCAAUUUUGGAAUGGAUUUCGAACGAGCCCAAAGAACGCGAGCGUUAUUUCCCGCAGCUGUUCCGUCACGUUCGAGUGACUUGCGUGUCUCGAGAUUAUUUAUUCUGCAGUCUAGCAAACAACGUGUUGGUCAAGACAAACCCAGACUGUCUGGCGAGGAUCAUAGAAGCCACUAAAAUGCUUCUCAUUGGCGAAGGCUUGGCUGCGGAAAAGCCAAGAAAGUGCUUAGAAACCCAUGUCGAUGCUAUUAUCACGUGUGGAGGGCUGUCGCCUGAUUGUUUAGUGCGUGACACCACAUACUGUUACCUCCCCAGUGAGCAAAUCUGGCACGAGCUGGCCCCUAUGAACGUAAAGCGAUGCCGACACGGUCUUGCUUACUGUCGUGGGUUCCUCUACGCCAUUGGUGGAAAAGAUGAGUCAUUCCAUAACACCGUAGAGCGGUAUGAUCCUAGUACUAACACCUGGACGUACGUGGCUCCGAUGAAACGAUGCGUCAAGCUGAUAGGAACAGCCACUCUAAACGGAAUCCUCUACGUGGUGGGAGGUAUAGAGUUCACUGUUGAAGACAACCGACGUAGAUGUAAUACAGUACAAAAAUACGAUCCUGUUACCAAUACUUGGACGCAUUUAGCACCUUUGAGCAGCCGAAGGUCGAGCGUUUGUUGUGUUAGCGACGAGCACUAUGUCUACGCGAUAGGAGGACUUGGAGACGAUGGGUUCUUGAACGCGUUAGAGAGGUACAACCCUCACCUCAACACCUGGUCGAGUCUGGAGCCAAUGAGUGAAAAACGAGGAUGCGCAUGCGCGAUAUACUUGAAUGGAAAGAUAUACAUAUUUGGCGGGACUGUUGACGCCUUUUCCCGCCAAGCCAAACGGUCUUGUGAAAUCUACGACAUAUGGAACAACCAAUGGUAUCCACUUCCGCCUAUGCGUAUCCCAAGGUUCCACGCAGGCGCAGUUCUGAUGCGCGGCUAUGUCUAUGUGAUGGGAGGUAUUGGAACAGAUAACCAGAAUAGUGAGUUGAAUAAGGUGGUAGAGUGCUAUAGUAUUGAGAAGAAUAAAUGGAUGAACGAACAUUCCAUUCCUUACGAGGAAACGUACCUUAGGAGCUGCUGUGUUAGACUCUACAAAGGUUUCUUACAAACACGUAACAAGCUGGUUACAAGGGUUAGUAACUCGUAAAAAUAUGAACAAAUGACGUUCAAGAAUUAAUGAAAAACCUACAAAUGACGUAAAAGUAGAUAAGUAAAUGACGUAAGUUAUAAAAAAAGGCUAAAAAAAAUUGAUGCGAAAUUGACGUACAUCUUGACAAAAGGAUGUAAAAGUUAAAAGAAUGACGUAAAAUUCAUUAAGAAAAAAUGACAUUCAUCAAAUUAAAAUAUGCUAAAUGUCAGAAUAUUAAGUGUUGGAUAUCAACUUAGCAUUGUAGUUUUCAUAUUGUUAUAGAGGCUUUGCACCAUCACGUGGCGGCAGCCAUGUUCGUUGACAAUAACAAUACAACCCAGCGUUUUGCAUGAGAAAGAAUGCAAUUCUCAAGAGCAAGGGAUUUUAUUUCCCAUUCAUAAUAAUAAUUUAAAAAAAUGUGGAAGUAAGAAAGAAAAAUACACAAGGGAAUGACAAGGUUUGAAAUGAGAAAACAAUGUAAACUCAAAAGCAAGCAUGUUUCAAUUCUGGUCUAGCUUGGAUAUACUUUUUUAUGAUGACUUUUAUGGUGUUGGGUGUACCCAAGCUAGACAACAAUGCACCUUUUUUGUUAGGAUUGCAUGUGAAAAUUACGGGAAGAAUUGCCUCUUGUAACAUGAUAUAUAGACCUCUUGCAUUGAAUUCCUAGAAGAAUUGUUCUGGGGGACAAAACAAUAGGCCAUCAUUUCUUAUGCAAAAAAAUCCAUUGUUUUGUCCCCCAGAACAAUUCCCCUAGGG